AUGGCAGAUAAAAGCCCAGGUCCGUUUUACUGCUCAAAUCCAUUUUACACCAUCAAAUUCUUUGUUCUCUGCCACGGGUUCCUGCAGUUCUCCCAGCUGAUGACGUCCGGCUACAUGAAAAGUUCGAUCUCCACCAUCGAGAGGCGCUUUGGUCUCUCCAGCCAGACGUCUGGCAUGGUGGCCUCCUUCCACGAGGUUGGAAACACAAUGCUCAUCAUCUUUGUGAGUUAUUUUGGCAGCCGAGUCCACAGGCCACGGAUCAUCGGCUGCGGUGCCAUCCUCGUCUCCGUGGCCGGAUUGGUCAUUUCCCUUCCACACUUUGUCUCACCGCCUUAUGAAUACGAUCAGUCCAUUUCUGGUUCCUCGAGUAACACCACGGAUAUCUGCCUCCCGCAUCGGAAAAGGCCCAUGAUGGACGUCUGCACUGGCAGCCAGAGGGAGAGCAACGUCAUCCUGAUCUUGCUUCUCUUCGGGCAAACCUUGCUGGGCAUUGGUGGGGUGCCCAUCCAGCCCUUUGGCAUCUCCUACAUAGACGACUUCGCCAGCCCAACCAACUCCCCGCUCUAUAUAGGGUUUAUUUUUGCUGCAACCGCACUCGGUCCGGCCAUAGCCUUCAUCUUGGGAUCGUUUAUGCUCCGUUUCUAUGUCGACAUUGACAAAGUGUCUUCAGCGGAAGUCCACAUCACGAACAAGGAUCCCCGUUGGGUUGGGGCCUGGUGGCUCGGCUUCAUUUUUGCUGCCAGCACAGUGGCCAUCGCCUCGAUCCCUUAUUUUUUCUUUCCGAGAGAAAUGCCAAAAGAGGAUGAGGCCGCCCGAAAGAACAUUGGGGACAUGACCAAGGAAGAAGUUGCCGAGAAGCUUAAGGAUAAAACGCCGGAGGAGGAAGGCUUCACUCUCUUCCAGUUCAUCAAAAUGUUUCCGGUGGUGCUGCUAAGAAACCUCAAGAAUCCGAUUUUCGUCAUGGUGGUUUUUGCGAUGGUUAACCUUUCGGCCAUGAUUGCUGGUUUAUCCACUUUCCUGGCUAAAUUCCUGGAGCAGCAAUUUACUCUGUCAGCCUCCUUGGCCAACAUGAUCCUAGGAGCCGUCAACAUCCCGGGGGCCAUGCUGGGAAUUAUCCUUGGCGGUGCCCUCAUGAAGAGCUGCCACUUCUCUCUCCAGCAGUCGACGCUCAUGUGCAUCAUCAGCAUGGCCUUUUGUGCCAUCUUCGACGUCCCCUUACUCUUCAUGGGCUGCCCCACCCAGAGGAUCGCAGGGCUGGAUUACUCCGGAAGUUCUGGACCUUGGCAGCUGAUUACGUCUUGCAACCGUAAGUGCAAUUGUUCGCUCUCCUUUUUCAACCCGGUUUGUGGGCAGGACCGCAUGGAAUACAUCUCCCCUUGCUUUGCGGGCUGCAUCAAAAUCAACAUCAAUCCCAUCACCAAGGCCAUCAUGAAUUACACCGACUGCAACUGCAUCAUUGUCAACGGUGCCAUCGGGUACGCGACGCCGGGCCACUGCGCGACUUCCUGUGCCCACUUCCUGAUGCCCUUUGUUCUCAUCGCUGCGAUCUCCGGAUUCUUAGCCAGCCUCUCCCACACGCCAGCCUUCGUGCUGGUGCUCAGGAGCGUCAAGAGACAAGACAAAUCGUUCGCCCUGGGCUUACAAUUUCUGCUCCUGAGGGUUCUCGCCUGGUUGCCUGCGCCCGUGAUCUACGGCAGUGCCAUCGAUACAACCUGUCUCCUGUGGCAAUAUAAGUGCAAAAAGAGAGCAGGCUGCCGAUACUACAACCACACAGCCUUCCGCCAAAGGUUUGUGGGCAUCCAGCUUUUAUUCGAAAUCUGCUGUUUCCUGUCCUUCUGCAUCGUCUAUGUCCUCCUCAUUCGAAAGGAGGACCAAGAGGAGGGAGAGGAAGAAAACCAGGGAGCUUCCCCAAAACCCACCAGUUAA